CGCUCCGAGGGGGCGGAGGGCAGGGCAGGGCGGGGGCUGGCCGGCUGCUGCCCCACGCGGCGCCCGGGCUGGCGGCGCCCCCGCCGCGCUCCCCGCGCACUCCGUGCCCCUCUGUCAUGCUCGCCGCCUGGGAACGGGCGGCGGGCUCCAGCGCCGGCAGCCGCCCCGCCGAGCCCGCGCCUCCGGCGCUGUCCUCGCCGCCCGCCGCCGACCCCCGUCCCCGCGGGCGGUGCGGCGGGGCGCGGCGGAGCGCGGGCGGCGCUGCCCGCCGCCGGGGGCUGGCUGCUGCUGCUGCCGCCGCGGCGAGCGGCGGGUGGCGGCGGGCGGCGAUGGGCACGGCGGCCGUGCACCUCCUGCUGCUGCUGGGGCUGCUGCACGCCGGGCCCGGCGGCGAGGGCAGGAAGGGCUGGCGGCGGCGCGGGCCGGCGGCCCGGGAGCGCGGCGGGGAGGCGGCGGCGGAGAGCUUCCCGCUGGACUUCACCGCCGUGGAGGGCAACAUGGACAGCUUCAUGGCGCAGGUCAAGAGCCUGGCGCAAUCGCUGUACCCCUGCUCGGCCCAGGCGCUGCCGCACGACCUGCGCCUGCACCUCCUGCACAACGCCUCGGUCACCUGCAACGACGGCACUCCGGCCGGCUACUACCUCAAGGAGUCCAAGGGCAGCCGGCGGUGGCUGCUGUUCCUGGAAGGAGGGUGGUACUGCUUCAACAGGGAGAACUGCGACACCCGCUACGACACCAUGCGGAGGCUCAUGAGCUCCAGAGAGUGGCCCGCGACCCGAGUGGGAACUGGGAUCCUGUCAUCGCAACCAGAAGAAAAUCCCCACUGGUGGAACGCAAACAUGGUAUUCAUCCCGUAUUGCUCAAGUGAUGUUUGGAGUGGUGCCUCUUCCAAGUCUGAGAAAAAUGAAUAUGCCUUCAUGGGAGCACUGAUCAUUCAGGAGGUUAUAAAGGAGCUGGUGGGAAAAGGUCUUAGCACUGCAAAAGUGUUGCUGCUAGCAGGGAGCAGUGCUGGAGGGACAGGAGUGCUCCUGAAUGUGGAUCGAGUGGCAGAGCAGCUGGAGGAGAUGGGUUAUCAAGGGAUUCAGGUUCGAGGCUUGGCAGAUUCUGGAUGGUUCCUGGAUAAUAAACAGUAUCGCAGAACUGACUGUAUCGAUACCAUAACGUGUGCUCCAACAGAAGCCAUCAGAAGAGGAAUAAGGUAUUGGAAUGGUAUUGUUCCUGAACGAUGUAAGCUGCAGUUCAAAGAGGGAGAGGAAUGGAAUUGUUUUUUUGGAUAUAAGAUUUACCCCACUCUUCGAUGUCCAGUCUUUGUUGUCCAAUGGCUCUUUGAUGAGGCCCAGCUUACUGUAGACAAUGUACACCUCACUGGUCAGCCUGUUCAGGAAGGGCAGUGGCUCUACAUCCAGAAUCUGGGUAGGGAGCUGAGAAACACCUUGAAGGAUGUGACUGCUAGCUUUGCUCCUGCCUGUUUGUCUCAUGAGAUCAUUACACGCAAUCACUGGACAGACAUCCAGGUGAAGGGGACAUCGUUACCCCGCGCCCUGCACUGUUGGGAUCGGAGCCUACAUGAGAGCAACAAAAAUGGGAAGGCCCCUCUGAAAGGCUGCCCAAUUCAUCUGAUUGACAGCUGUCCAUGGCCUCACUGCAACCCCUCGUGCCCCACUAUCAGGGACCAGUUCACAGGGCAGGAGAUGAAUGUGAUCCAGUUCCUCAUGCACAUGGGUUUUGAUGUUCAGAAGAUGGCACAGCAACAGGGCCUGGAGCCCAGUAAACUUCUGGGGAUGCUCAGCAGUGGUAACUAGGAAGGGGCCUUCAGGGGGGCAGAGAGAUUAGAUCAGGAGGAGACUCUAAGCCCUUCUUCCAUACUUUCUAAUCUUCUUCCUUAUGUUCAUGCAGGCAGAUGCACGCUCACACCCAUGCAUGCUCAAACCUGUAUAUACCCAUGUGCUCCCAUGCUCUUGCACACUUAAGAUGUGUCAAGAAAAAAAAAAAAAAGGGCAAUUUCUUGCUCACACUAUUUGACUGGAACUUGUUACCUCCAAACUCCAGGGCUCAGAUUUGGCCAUUCACAUCCUCUUCCUGUGUUACACAAGGCAAUCUGAUACAGGGAGUAGCAAAGCCAUAAAUAGCAGCAAUGAGAACCUUCCCCAGAUCUAGGACUUCUUCCCUUGCCAUGGAUUUUACAUCAUAGACUUGAUACAAGUGGUGAAAAAAGCAAGCACUGGAUUUCUUUUGUCCAAAUAGAAGUGAAGGAAUGAUAACAUGACUUCCUGGAGGUCAGCAUCUCACGAUGAGUCAUAACGUACAAACCCAGGACAUGUGCUAGGGAUGGACACUCUUGUACUCAAUUUACUUUCAUAUUAUUUUAUAAAAUGACUUUUUUUAUUACUUUUUUUAAACUAAGCAAGAAAUAGAAAUGAUAUUGUUUUGUAACAUAUUUUUUUUAAAUAACGAAGAAACCUCUUGCUACUUUGGCAACGUGGACAUAUUUAUUUUAAUACGUAAAAUGCUAUUUAUAAGGGCUGACCAGAGAACCAUACAUAUGUCUUUGUAAAGUCAUAUAUGCUGCUCAUUUGGAUGGGUUAUCCGUAUGAUCACUUGUGCCUGGGCGAGGGCUGAGGGUGGUAUUGAUAUUUUGUAUUAAUUAGACUUCUGUGUUCCCUUUGCAGUAUGCUUUGUCAUUGUUUCUCUGAUGAAGAGGUUGUAAUAUGAGGUCUAAGUACAGAGAUUUUCACCCAGCAUCUGAUGUUUGCAUACUUGCACAGCACUUUCAGCUUGACUCUGAUUUGCCAGGUAUUCCAGGGCAUUGCAUUUAAAGAUGCAGGGAGAUCUGUUUUUGCAGCAAAGGCCCCUAUUCUAGUGAGAGAAAUGUUUGAUCAGACUGUCUGGCCUGUCUUAAAGUGAGGAGCAUUUAGAACAUGAAAGGCAGAGAACACAAGACAAGCACCAACAUAUUUCUAUUCUUCCAGUCAUUUGCGAACACACCCACCUCAGAACACAGAAUCCCCUUUGAUGGUAAUGGGAGGAGAACAAGGGAGGGAUCAGGAAUGUGCAACUGAAGCUGGAGAGAGCGAGAGAGACCAUUCGAUAGGGAGGAAAGCACACAGGCAGUUGCAGAAAAGCUUUAUACGGUAGUGUCCUGCCAAAGUUUUUGAGACUGACUUUGCAUUUGUUUGCACUUGGGAAAUGGUUACACAAUGUGUUGGCCACAGAAAAUUAGGGCCUAAUUUUAGAAAAAUUCAAUGCACUUUCAAGAUAGGUCUUGUCAGGUUAAAAUGGUAGUGCUAUUUCUAAGAUGUAUUAUCUUAGGUGAGUAAACCCCAAAAUGAAUAAAACUGCAGCCAUUCAGUUACUUUUCUUGGACUUCAGCGAACAGCCAGUCAGUACCACACAAGAAAUAAGCCAUCCUGCUGUGCAGGAUGGGUUUAGUACACAGUUAAGAUAAAAAUGUAGCUAAAGAGAAAAUGAAUGGUUCCCCAGCAGAACUGAAAUGCAGGAAACCUAUCAGUGGAGCUUCCCUAUGAUCAGCGUAGGGAUUACUGAUACCUGUUAUGUUUUAAUGACUUGGGUAUAAAAGUAAAAUUGUUCUGAUUUAGUUUUCAUGCCACUAAGUUGAGAGGCUUCUUCAGUAUAGACAACAUUUGGAAAAACACACAGGAAGAGGGUGUUCCUUUGAGGGCUGGAGUCACAUGAAGUCAAAGUGCUGGUACUUCAGCAGUAGCCAGAAUUUCUGCUGUGCGCUAGUUUGGCAGCUGGGAGCACCCAGGGGAACUCCUGUGCAUGUCAGUUGUUCCCUGGACAACUGUACACGAGAUGAUGCACCUGUAGGUGUGGCAAGUGCCCUAGGCUGUGUCCAGCAAUGUACUUCUACUAGGAAACAGUAAAGUAUAAAUACCAAUGUUGAAGUUUAGAAUACUUUUUGCAGAGCUGGUUACCUGUAUAUUUACAACAUUAAUUCAAAGGUUAAUUUCUAAAAGGCAAAGAAUGUUCGGAGGGGAUGUUUUCCUUACAAGCCCAGGAAAAAAAUCCGUGGGAGUCUGGGAUCGCUCUUUUAGCUUAGUGUGCCUCUGCAACAGUCUUUUUAAAUCUGUAGCAGGGAGAAGUCUCAGAAAUAUUUUUAAAGGGGAACUUGGCUAAUUUAUUAGAAAAAUUAUACAAUGUGGUUGCAAGUCGUAGCUGGAAGCUGGAAUCUGUAACCCAGGAAGUCAUCUCCAGCUCUAUACUUCUUGUACUUGUGCAAUAAAUAUAAUUUUCCCAA